AUGAGGAUCCGCCUGGCGAGAAGAUGGACGUGGGUCCGCAAAAGCUGCGUGUUUCUCGGCUUCUUGACCAUCGCUUACUUUGUGGUGGAGCUGUCAGUUUCUUCCUUAGGUGCCUCCCUCGCAGGGGGAAGCAUCACCAAGGGGAAAUGGGACAGGCACUUCUCUGGCAGAGCAGAAGCAGCUGUGGAUUUGGCCCGUCCGGUUUAUGCCAAAUCCCCUCCCGAUCCUUCUGCACCAGGAGAAUGGGGCAAACCCACUCAACUGCAGCUGAGCCCUGAGGAGAAGAAGCAGGAAGAAGAGCUCAUCGAGAAGUAUGCAAUCAAUAUUUAUUUGAGCGAUAAAAUCUCUCUUCACCGGCACAUCGAAGACAACCGACUGCAUGGCUGUAAAACCAAGUCCUACGACUACAGGAGGUUGCCCACCACAUCUGUUGUCAUUGCGUUCUACAAUGAAGCAUGGUCAACCUUGCUGAGGACCAUACACAGCGUCCUGGAAACGUCUCCUUCGGUGCUUCUCAAAGAAAUUAUCCUGGUGGAUGACCUGAGCGAUAAAGUGUAUUUGAAGGCCGAUCUGGAGAAAUACAUAAGCAGCCUGAAAAGGGUUCGUUUGAUAAGAACCAACAAACGAGAAGGGUUGGUCCGUGCCCGCCUGAUCGGUGCCACCUUUGCUACCGGGGAUGUCCUCACCUUCCUAGAUUGCCACUGCGAGUGCGUCUCUGGCUGGCUGGAACCGCUGCUGGAGAGGAUUGCUGAGAACGAGAGCGUUAUUGUGUGCCCUGUCAUCGACACCAUCGACUGGAAAACCUUUGAGUACUACAUGCAAACAGCAGAGCCCAUGAUUGGAGGCUUCGACUGGCGGCUCACCUUCCAGUGGCACUCGGUGCCCAAACACGAACGCCUCCGCCGCAGGGCUGACACCGACCCCAUCCGGUCCCCCACCAUGGCUGGUGGCUUGUUUGCUGUCAGCAAGAAGUACUUCGAGUACCUGGGGACUUAUGACACGGGAAUGGACGUCUGGGGAGGGGAGAACUUGGAGCUGUCCUUCCGGGUCUGGCAGUGUGGGGGCACGCUGGAGAUCCACCCCUGCUCCCACGUGGGCCACGUGUUCCCCAAGCGCGCGCCCUACGCCAGGCCAAACUUCCUCCAGAACACAGCGCGGGCCGCCGAGGUCUGGAUGGAUCAGUACAAAGAGCACUUCUACAACAGGAACCCUUCGGCCAGGAAGGAAAACUACGGGGAUAUUUCCCAAAGGAAGCUCCUCAGAGAACGUUUGAAGUGCAGGAGUUUUAGCUGGUACCUCAAAACCAUCUUUGCUGAGUUGCACGUCCCGGAGGAUCGGCCUGGGUGGCAUGGCGCUAUCCGCAGCGCAGGGAUAGCUUCGGAGUGCCUUGACUAUGUCUUACCAGAACAUCAUCCCACUGGGGCUCACCUCUCUCUUUUUGGAUGUCAUGGGCAAGGAGGCAAUCAGUUUUUUGAGUACACGUCGAAUAAGGAGAUUAGAUUUAACUCGGUAACUGAGUUGUGCGCCGAAGUCCCCGAGAACGAAGACUUCAUAGGUAUGAGGAGCUGCCCCAAAGAUGGAGCUCCUAUCCCUGAAGUGAUUAUCUGGCAUUUCAGAGAAGAUGGGACCAUUUAUCACCCCCACUCGGGGAAGUGCCUUACUGCUUACCGUACAGCCGAGGGGCGUGCCGACGUGCAGAUGAGAACUUGUGAGGCUGGAGACAAAAAUCAGAUUUGGAGGUUUGAGAAAUAA